AUGGUAUUGCGUCGCUCGUCUUUCAGUUACAAAUACCAAAAGAACAAUGCAACAGAAGCCCUACUCAAGACCGGCAUAAUUUACGGCAUACCACGCGUGAUCAAUGCCUACCGUGCCCUCAUCAGAGCAAUACCGUCGCCGCAGUCCAACGAGACGUCCUCCAUUCGCGCACACAUCACCAACCCUUCCGACACCGACGCCCGUGGCGAGGCUUACAUGCGCGGCAUCUUUCGUGCCGACCUGGACCCAUUCCUGGCCAACAUGGACGCCCACUGGCCCGACCUCCGCCGCCUCGUGGUCACCACGAUAUACGGGUAUUACCAGUCCGACACGGCAAUCUUGGACGCGGUGACGACGUCGCAGCUCAACGUCGCGAGCCUGGUGCCCAUGGACGUGCCUGUGGAGGUCGGGUGGCACAUGCGUGGGGUGGUGAGGAAUGGCGGGACUCGGGAGCAGCUGGAGUUUGCCUGGGAGAUAGCUAUCGCGGUUUGCAGGAUCUGUGAGGUGAAACUGAAGAACCAGAUGCCUAGAGCCGAGGAUGUGAUUCACGAGGAGAGGCUUAUCCGGGACUAG